AUGAGAAAAAGACCUGUCAAUUAUGACAAUGUCUGUGUCCGUUGGGGUGAUGAUGAUGCCCUCAUCGCUGACAUCAGACGUCUAGCAGCUGAGCCUUCGUCUUCUCGCGUUUGUGCUCCUUCCGCUGUUCCCGUUUCUCUUGCCUCUGCCGGUUCUCUUCCUCUUCGUGAGGUAAGCAACCAACCUUUUGCUUUGGCUUCUCUUUCGCCCUUGCAAAAAUCAGGGUUCGGCUGUUACAGCCUCGAUUGCGUUUGUGUUGUCGGUUUGCCUUGCCUUUCUCCUGGGUUUGUGCCUCCACCCCUUCAACCUUACCAACCCAAAUCCCAUGUUCCUGCCUUUGCUUUCGCUUGCGACGCUAUAGUCCAGGCAUGGGUACAAGAAUACGCACCUGUUCUUGUUUCCUCUGCGGUUUCUUCCCCUUUUGGGGAUAACGUAGAUCCAGCGGUUUCUUCCCUUCAUAGGGAUAACGCUGAAGAAGCGGUUUCUUCCCCUUAUGGGGAUAACGCUUUCUCUGCGGUUUCUUCCCCUUAUGGGGAUAACGUAGAUCCAGCGGUUUCUUCCCUUCAUAGGGAUAACGCUGAAGAAGCGGUUUCUUCCCCUUUUGGGGAUAACGCUUUCUCUGCGGUUUCUUCCCUUCUUAGGGAUAACGUAGAUCCAGCGGUUUCUUCCCUUCAUAGGGAUAACGCUGAAGAAGCGGUUUCUUCCCCUUUUGGGGAUAACGCUUUCUCUGCGGUUUCUUCCCUUCUUAGGGAUAACGUAGAUCCAGCGGUUUCUUCCCUUCAUAGGGAUAACGCUGUCCCAGCGGUUUCUUCCCUUCAUAGGGAUAACGCUGAAGAAGCGGUUUCUUCCCCUUAUGGGGAUAACGCUUUCUCUGCGGUUUCUUCCCUUCUUAGGGAUAACGCAGCUCCAGCGGUUUCUUCCCUUGCUUGGGAUAACGCUGAUGAAGCGGUUUCUUCCCCUUAUGGGGAUAACGCUUUCUCUGCGGUUUCGUCCCUUCUUAGGGAUAACGCAGCUCCAGUGGUUUCUUCCCUUCCUAGGGAUAACGCUGAUGAAGCGGUUUCUUUCCCUUCUGGGGAUAACGCUUUCCUGGCGGUUUCUUCCCCAAUUGGGGAUGACGCUUUUACCUCGGUUGUUGGUGGUGCUUCCGUGCCUGGUGUGGACGAUGAAGGUUUGCUUUCUCCCCUUCCUUCUCCUUUCUUCCGCGGGGCUUUUGCUUCCCCGGAGUUGCUUCCUCUUCCGUCCGCUCUAUCCCGUCUUCCCCCUUUGGAGGAUGAUGUUUUGGGUGGCAAGCGAAAAACUCCCUCUCCUUCCCCCACCACAUCUCCCCGGGUAUAUCCCGUUUCUUCUCCUUGCCUUAGAGCAUCCCCUCCUUCCGGUGAGGCCACUACCUUUGUGGUAGAUUACUCUGGUGUUUUGACCCCCCCUCGCGUGAUUGCCAGACCUAGGCUCUCACGCGCCAACAAAAUCAAAAAGCAGCCGGAAUUGAAGUUGCCCUUUGCUGCUGAAGAGCAAAACGUCGUUGAUCCUGAGGAACCGGAUACCAAAAGAAUCCGUUCGCGGGAUUUGUAG